AUGAAAAAAAGAAAAUAGAAAAUAUCAUGCCUAUAGAUUGGGUUAGGACAUUUAUACGACCUCGUCCCUCAUCGGAAAAGUUUACGUAAUUAAAUGACAAAACCAGAGAUUUACAAAAUUUGCCAGGAGGCUGGUGGACCACCAUCACCUCAAUAAUACAUUUUUCUGAAAUAUUUUUAAUACUAGAAAAUAUUACGAGUAAAAUCCAAGAUAUGUUAGCUUAAUGCACCUUGCGCUUUACAUACAAUAUUUUACCUUCCACAUUAAAUAUGACUGUAAGCGUCUGAGACAAAGAUAUGAGGAUGUCGCUUUGGCCAAUCGGAGGGCAGAAUAUUAUUACAGACAAGCUGCUUAUCCAAUUAAAAUCACCAGUGGGCGGGGUUUGAGUGAAGUUCGGGACAGUGAACUACACGCUCUUCGACUUCACGACAGAAUAAUGAUUAAUUCACGCGCGACCAACGCUUGAAGUGCAAAUUAUAGCCGGGGACAAAUGUCACGUUUGUAAAACCAGCUGCUCUAUCAUCUGACGGAGGAAUACGCGGUCAUAUAAAUGUCGCUUACCUUCCACUCGGGCAGUCAAACUGUUAGAAUUGGAGAGUUUUCCACAUGAGAAGUUUAGUGACGGUACCUUCACUAUAGGGUGCAAUGGAAUCUGGACAAAUCUGAGCAAUCAAGAUUCAAAGAUCUGGAAGACAGGACUUUUAAGUAUUUCUUUGAUAUGUUGUGCUGGAGCCUAUUGAAUAACUGGCUGACGUGGGGAUCACGCAGGGGGGCUGGCUGAGAAACGAGAGACACGGGCGGGCAGAGGGGCGCCGCCACCGCGCGUCUGGGAUUACAGUAAACACAUUUCGUUUCUUCAGUAACUUUCUUCUUAUCCCACUGACUUCAACACGCUUUCAUGAGAUAAUGCAAUCGCUUUUGUACUAUAAAGCGCGAAGGAAACGCCGGGAUCAUUGCAGGAAUUGUUCUGGUAGGGGUUUUGAGACUGACCUACAUGGAUGUUUACGUCAGUGAAUGAUUUGGAAGUUUGCAAAGUUUGUAAAGUUUAUAGUCCGACAUUUUGGUGUGGACUUCACAUUUUACCAUCAGAUCCAUUUUAUGAGGCAUAUUAAAAACGUGCUGUUUACAAUGGUUGAGAAUAUAUGCUUUGUUCAGAGAGAGGAGGUUUACCGCUGGUUCUCCGUGCUGAGUUCAGCGCAGAGGGCUGAGUUUCUCUGUGGCCUUUUGGACCUCUGUGUGCCCAUCGAGCUGCGCUUCCUCGGUUCCUGUUUGGAGGACCUGGCCCGAAAAGACUACCACUCCCUGAGGGACGCCGAAAUCAAAGCCAACAACCCGGCCGACCUCGCCAACUUGACCAACAUCACGGAUGAGGUCGUGAGGAGUAAGCUGCUCGUCUCCCUCGCGCUCGUCACCUCAGACAACCGAGUGGCGGCGGGAGUUUUGUUUCGGACUCUCACCCAUAUCGACACAAUUAUAAACAACUACGGGCUUCAGCUUAACGAUGGCCAGACGGGAGAGCAGUUCUUGCUCCUCUUCACCAUGGCUUCCAACCACCCGGCAUUCAGUUUUCAUCAAAAGCAGGUGUUGAGGCAGGAGUUGACGCAGAUUCAGGAGAUCCUACAGGUGACCGUUGGUGAAGCGCCGUCGACGUCACACGGGGGCGGUGCCAACGCUGGCGCGCUCCCAAACGCGUCCGACAUCACUGUGCCCUCCUUCAACUCCUGCCAGGCCGGAUGUCCGUGCUGUACAAAGACCAUGCAACGUGAUGUCACGGGAGGUCAGACAGAUGAAGUCUUAGGUCCUGAAAUAAUGCCCCCAAGCCCAUCACUCUCAUGUCAGGAGAUGCCACUCAAAGUGCACAUUGUGAAAUCGAGCAAAGUGUAUGUUGAAAGAAUUGAACUGAGAGGAGUCACACCCAAAACAGACAAACCAAUAGAAUACAUCCUAGAGGCCUUGUGGUCAGACUCCACCUUGUCAACUGUCAGGAAAACCCCUCAGGAAGUGAUGGAGUUCAUCUCCCAGCUCUCUCAACUCUUUCCUGACGAGUGUCUGGAGAAAGUUAUGCCUCAGAUGCCUGGACUUGACUCCACUCAUGAGCUAGAUCCUCGAUACUUGACCUCGCUUCCACCUCAAGUCCUGAAACACGACAAAGUUUGUUUCUUCUUCAGCACUUCGUCCACACCUCAACUCCCUACAAGCACAAAUCUUGGCUGUCUGCUUCAAUACAGGGGAGCCAGCAGGCCUAUUUGUGGCGUCGCCAGCAUCCAGCCUGUCUAUAGCCUCCAUGCUCCUAUCCCUCAGACCUCUCUCGCCCACCUGCCCCCUGUCCCCCCUCAGACAGGGGUGGCCAUCCUGCCAAACAGUGCUCUAACUAGAGUGGAGGGCAUUCCUCCACAGUCACACCCCCUAAACCCUGGAACCCAACCUCAACCCCAAUCCCAGCAGUCCCAGCCCAUCACGGAGCAGAACGGCAUCCUGGACUGGCUUCGUAAAUUGCGACUGCAUAAAUAUUACCCUGUCUUCAAACAGUUGACUAUGGAGGAGUUCCUCGCUCUCACAGAGGAGGAUCUCAACAAGUAUGACCUCACUCAGGGGGCCAAGAAGAAACUUAAGACUCAGCUGGAGCUUCAGAAAGAGAAGUUAGAGAAGAGGUAUGUGAUGUCUCAGUUUCCUGUUCCCUGUGGUGGGGUGGCCAGAGUGAUGCCCUCAAGUCAUAUCGGGCCACUGAUGCACACACACAUUGGCAUCAGCGGCACUGAGCUACGAGUAGAUGUGGAGAACAGCUCGUUGCCCAUUCUACGGGACAGCAGUUCAUCCUCGGGAUAUUCCAGCGCUCCUUCCAGUCCAAUGUCCCUUUUAUCACGUGACGCUUCCUUUGAUCGUGUCAAAGACCCUCAUAGACGUGCGGAAUCUGGUUUGGAUUCCAGAGAGAAAGAGCGGUCGUUCUUUCUCCUCAAUCCUGCAGUAUCUGGUCCCAGCCGUCCCACUGCCCAAGUCCUCCCGGUCCAAAACGAUCCCUCCCUCUCUCCCUCCCACAUGAGUUUACCCCCUCCCUCCCAGCCCCUCCUCUCCCCUGGCCGGGUCCUCAACUCCCCCCGCAAACCCCGCCCACCCCCUCUUUGUUCUGAAGAACAUCCCAAACCGAUGGGUUCCGGAGUUGCCGUGGGUGUCCGACUUGAAAAUAUCUUCCCUGGACUGAGUCAUGACAGUUCACCUGGGCACCAGGAUGUGUCAGGACCUUGUGGGCCCCUCACAAUGCUUCUCCCUCCUGGUCUCAUGAUUGAAACCAGCACUGCUCUCACCUCCACUUCCAACACGCACCAUCAUGUCUCCCACCCUCCUUUGCACCUACAAGUGUCUUCCUCCGUUCCACGCUCAGGAUCUUACCCUUUCUCCACCUCAAUGUCCUGCCCGUCAUCAAGCUCCUCCUCCAGGGCCUCCUUCUCACCUGUCAGUGGAGUACCCAUAGCGGCGGCGAGCACCGUUCCAAUGGCGGCGGUACAUGGCAACACCUACUCUGUAAACAGUACACCUGCUGUCACACCCAGUUCUAGUCCAGCGUCCACAGAAAAUACUGGCUACGCCUCACAUACAAACAGUUCUAACUCUAGUUCCUCAUUAUGUGUUUGUAGUUCUUGUGGUUGUAGUGGUAACUGUGGGUCCUACGGUGCGUUGCCGGCUAGCUACACUGGAUACUUUCCAAACCCGUUUUCGGGAACUUCGGUAUUCACAUUAGGGCCUUUGCUACAUUUCAGCCCACUCCUUACAGGAAGUGGUACUGCCUCCCCUUUCUCAUACCCUCUGGUGGCCCCACCCAUCUACAACAGCAGCCAAUCACAUGACUUGCAACAGAAUCUUGUGUGUCCACCAGGUCAGGGUUUUCUCGGCGGAGUGGGUGGUGUGUACCAACAUCAUGGUAUGAUAGGAAAUGGAAGCUCUGUGCACAAGAAAACGGGAAAUGUGUCCUGCUAUAACUGUGGGUUGAGUGGGCAUCGAGCACAAGACUGCAAGCAGCCAGCAAUGGACUCAGCACAGCAAGGGACAUUUCGUCUGAAAUAUUCUCCACAGUCAGACAGCCAGGAAUCUGGGGAAUAAAUGAUGUGUAAGAACUGGUUUGGAUCUGCACCUUCCUCAGUGUGUAAAUACACUUAAUGCAAGACCUUACUGAGCAAAGGCAUGAAAGAAUCUUUUUGCUGGAGGAUUAAGUGAUCGAGUUUGAUCAGUCAUGGUUUCCAAUGAAACCCAUGUCCCACAGAAUAGAGGCUUGAUCUUGCACAUGGCACCAUGGAUCUUUGUAAAGGGAUGUUCAGAGAAGCAAGCAAACAUUCUUAUAUUUGUAUUCUUCAGUUUUCUUUACACUGUUUAAGUCACACUUCAAACUUGCCUAAGUAUGUCGUGGUGGAGCAGCCAGUGCGUGGUGUCAACAUUUGCUGCACGAGUCAUUCUUGGAAGCAAAACAAGAACGGGUUUACCAACCAAUCAUGCUCGCCAAAUAAUGUGCAAUUAUGGCAAAGUGUUUUUGCUAUUGGUAGUCACACCAAUAGCUAAAACACUAGAUUCUAUAAGUCAAACCUUUGGGAAUAGGAUUCUGGCAUUCUUUAUGGACAUCUCUUAGUCUUGUGGCAUUAACUUGGCAUUUUUAAAACUUUGAAGAGGAAAGUGGAAAUGACACGUUGCUUUUUUUGACUACCAUUACAGAUUUUGCCUGAAAGGCCUCUUAAGCGUUAUACAUGUUAUUUGUAUGUGGCCUUUUUUGCUGUAAUCAUGGUAUAUUUUUUAAUGGCCUAGGUUUUGGAAACGUGUAUGAUAUAUUAUUUUCAUAAAAUUUCAUAAAAGAGAAACAAGCGCCAUGUCACCAUUGUGCUCAGAUUAAAGACAUUAAUAAAUUCCGUGCACUUGAGGUGGCAAAAGUCAAGCUGUAUGCUUCACUACAAUUAUUACAGUUUUUCUCAAUUGCUUUGGCACAUUUUUCGAAACAGUCUUAACAUUCUCUAAACUGUGAGUGCAAAUGUCACAACUGUUUGCAGGAACUUCAAAACUUUAUAGCAUGUCUGCAAAAUGUAGUUACCCACCCAAAACAUUCAUGCUUCAAAACCUAGUUAUUGUGUCAAUAAUUUGGCCAAGGCCACCAAAAUCUAAAGUAUUUUUGUCAUUGUGUGAGCCACACUGGUCAAAAUGUUUAGUUGUUUUUUCACCACAACAGUCAACCAUGAAAAUUAAGGGUUUACUGUAAACAAAUCUCAUAUUUGUUGAGAAAAGUCAGUAGUAUGUAGAAAAAAAAAAGUCUAUGAACAUUUGUAUUUUUACAGUGUUUAUUUUUGUACUUCAUGUGUAUAUACACAAUACAAGUGUAUUUACUGUACAUGUAAAGUAACUGACAAGAGUAACAAGAUUUCACUUUACAUUUCAUAUUUGUGUAUUACCACAAA